UGCUCGUCGGCGACAACAGAUAAAGUGAUAACAGUUCGAAUAGUGAGUGUUGUACGGAAGGUUUCCAUAAAAAUGCCUAAACGACGUUUGUCUAGCCAAGACAAAUAUGGUGAGAUUAAAAAAUUAAAGAAGCAAUUUCGUCAAAUGCAGGAGCAUCUAAAUAAACUUUGUGAGUCCAGUGAAUCUAGUGAUUUAUCAUCUGCAAAAUAUGCAAGUACAUCAGAAUUGUCAGAGGAUGAAGCUCAAAAUUUAAAAACUAGAAAGUCAGAUGUCCAGACAGUCCAUGAAAUAGAGCAAUCGGAGCAGAGUUUUUAUGCUCUAGGAUCGAGACCGGACUCGCAGGAUAAUGUAGGAAAAGAAUUGUAUGAGGAAAUAGUCGUUCGUGGGGACAGCCUUUUAAAAAAAGGUUUAUCUAAGGACCAACGAGAAGAGUUAAUGACACAGUUUAAAAUACCUUCAAAUUGUAAGGCUUUGCAACCUCCUCAAAUUAAUAAUGAAGUCCAGCCAUGCCUAUUAAAAUCUGUUCUUGAACACGAUCGUUUUAUGAGAGCCUUACAACAGCAGUUGGCUCACGGUCUGUCAGCAGUAGGGGCUGUUAUUGAGACUAUGAUGCCUUACAAAGAACAAGCUGAUACCAUGAAAUCAUUGGCAGAGGCCUGCCAGUUAUUUACUAACGUUCACCAUGGGCUUUCAGUUCACCGUAGAUUUAAAAUUAUACCACAUUUAAAUCCUGAAUGUAAGAAGGUGGUAGAUAGCUUGGACAUAGAUGAUUUUUUGUUCAAUUCAAAAUUCGCUGAAAGAAUGAAGAACGAACAGGCAAUAAAAAAGGCCAGUACUGAUUUUAAGAAGAAAACUUGGCACGCCAAUUUUAUAGGAAAUCCAGGAUCUGGGACACCAAACAGCUAUCAUUUAACCACCGGCGUGCGCUACCAAAAGGAAGAAUGAAAGAGAAGAGGAGGGGAGAAGAGGGGAGACCAUUGGAACAACAGAGGAAGUUCAGAAGAGACCCCAAGAAGUACUAUCACCAGAAAUAACUGCUAGAACAAACGUGAGUAAUCACGCUGGUAGAUUUCACUUUUUCUACAGGGCUGGAAAAAUAUCACAAGAGACCGAGUGGUCUUGGAUCGGAUUACAGGAGUUAAAAUACCCUUUCUUAAAAGGCCUGUUUUUUGAGCCCUCUGUAGAAAUCCCAAUUGAACUUUUCCAAGAAUAUAAAAACUCUAUUCAGGAAUUGUUACGAAUGGGUGCAAUUGAAAAAUGUAGUUAAGAAGCCUUGUGGUACAAACAGGUUUAUUUCAAAUUUAAAAGCACUUAAUAAAUUUAUUAUUGCUCCACAUUUCAAGUUGGAAGAUUAAAGGACUGUGGUGAAGCUUUUAAAUGAAGGUUAUUGUCUCUCAAAUAUUGAUUUGAAGGAUGCACAUUUUUUAAUUUCAGUUAGCAAAAAGUACAGGAAAUACCUACGAUUUAAAUUCGAAAACUACCUGUAUCAGUUUAAAUCUUUACCAUUUGGUCUUAAUAUAGCACCAUUAAUUUUUACAAAACUUGUUAAACCAUUAG